ACCAUUCCCGUCGGUGUCUUUCAGCAUCUCAACCCGACAAGCCCACCAGUCCUGCGACCGCGUCGUCACCGCGCCACUGCGUUUUUCAGCCUCUAAGCCUCUGCAGUGCACCGCGGGUCGCAGGCUCACGUAGUAAAACGAAUCUGUACCGUCAGGGGGAAACAAUUCUGCGAGUGCGGGGAUCUGAGCAAUUCGGCGAGAGCGAAAGGACAGAUCAGUUUGGCACACCGAGGAAGCACCGCGUGCUGCGCGUGCGAUCGAGAUUCGCAAACUUAGCUUUUGCUCGCUCCCUCUGCCUGGGAUCAGCCGCUCGAUCCGUAAAUUCCACUGAUUUCUAGACUCCAAAAUGAGCAAUAAUUCCACGGCUAACGCUGGCAGCGUGGCCGCCGCUGCCGCCGCCGCCGGCGCUGGCGGCGCGGGCGGCGCGGCGAGCGUGGAGGAGGAGGUGGCGGGGCUGGACCGGCUGCUGACGCGGCUGGCGCUGACGGACGACGCGAAGCUCGAGAAGGUGCUCUCGAAGCUGCUGCCGCUCGCGCUCUCGCGCCUCGCGUCGCCGCACGACGCGGCGAGGAAAAAGGUGAUGGAGAUGCUGGCGCACAUCAACAAGCGCGUGCGCGGGGCGUCCUCCAUCCACCUGCCGCUGUCCGACCUCCUUGCCCUCUACUGCUCCGCCACAGGCACACCCAUCAACCCGCCCACUGCCACACCCGCUUCUGCCACUCCCUCUGCCCCCUCCGCCACUGCCCCACUCGCCACUGCCCCACCCGCCACUGCCCCACCCUCCUCUUCCACCCCCACCGCUGCUCCCACCCCCCCACUUCCCUCACCGCACCCCCUGACCGCAAGCUUCGCCCUAGUGUACACAGACAUGGCGUUCCAGCGCGCCUCUCCCACGCAGCAGGCGGCAGCCGUGCCCGUGCUGCUGCGGGGCAUUGCUGGGCGCCCCGCAGCGCACCAGGACAUGCUACUGCGGUGCGCGCUGCAGGGCCUGCUGCAGUAUGGGUCGCCACGGGGGGUGGGGUCGGGGCCCGAGGAGCAGCAGCUCGCUGCCACGUACUCCUGGCUCGUUCCCUCAAGCCCUGCUGCUGCUGCUGGUGCUGCUGCUGCUGGUGGUGCUGCCGCUGGAUCCUCUGGGGCUGCUACUGGUGGUGCUGGUGCAGGAGCAGGCUCUGCUGCAGAGGCAGGGGAGGCGAGGGACAAGGCGGAAGCAGCAGAUGGAGCAGGCACAGGGUUGGGGGCAGGGGCAGUGGCAUCAGGGAAAGCUGCUGCUGCUCCUAGUGCAGACCUGGCAGUGUGGCUGGAGUUCUGCAAGCAGGUGAUGCUGCUGCCGGCCUCACUCUCUGCUGCUGCUGCUGCCGUCACUGCAGGGGCGGCGCAGGGACAGGGGGGAGCAGCAGCAGCGGUGGUGGCAGCAGGGGCGGGAGGUUUGGGGUCAGCGUUGAAUGCUGCAGGGCAGCAGGGGGGGCCGACACAGCCCCCUCUCUCCGACCACCCGGGCCUCUCCCUCAACCAGCUGCACCGCGUGCUUGGCCCCGCGCCCUCCUCCACCUCAUCCCCUGCGCCCUCCGCCUCCUCGCCUGCUGCGCUCAAUGUCAUCCCGCCUGAGGCUGUGGCACAGAGGAAGGUGGCGGUGCUUAACUUCCUCGCAGCCAUCAAGACGCCCUCCCACGCCUGCUACCUGCUCUGGCUUGUUGCCGCGACUGACAGCAACGAGCGUGUGAACCGGCGGGGGGAGGAGCUGAUGAAGCGGCAUGGGGGGGCGGUGGACCUAGAGGACGACCGGCUCGUGGCCGCCAUGAUGAAGCUCUACCAAGGCUCACCCCCCUCCGACCUGAAGCAGCCCCUAUCAGCAGCAGCAGCAGCGGCAGUGGUGCCGGCAGCAUCAGCAGCAGUGAAGCUGCGGCUGGUGGGGGCGUUUGUGCGCUCCAUUGCUGCUGCCAACGCGUUCCCGGGCACGCUGCAUGUCAUAUUCGACGCCAUCUAUGGAGCGGCAGCUUCUACUCGCAGCAAGCAGCUGGGCAUGGAGUUUGCCGUCUGGGUCUUCAAGCAUGCCAAGGAGGAGCGUCUGCGGCCCUUGUCGCCAGUCAUCCUCUCGUCCCUGCUCAAGCUGCUCUCUCACUACGAUGCUGCUGAGUCGCUGGACCCCCCAUCGCAGCAGCUGCAGGCAUUCACGUAUCGGGCCAUCGCACAACUGGCAGAGAGAUGUCCUUUCCUUGUCAGGGGGGAUGCGACCAUGUGUGAGCGCAUGUUUGGGGCGUUGGAGGCGUGUGACUCAUCGUCCCUGCGUGUCGUCAUGCAGGAUGCACUGCUCUCCCUCGCCACCGCCUACAAGGGCUGCACGCCCAAGGUGCUGUCGGCCAUAGAGAAGCUGCUGCUCACGCACUGCUCCUCCCCAGUAGAAGCGGCUCGCUACUGUGCAUUGCAGUGGACCAUUCGCCUGCUCUCACUCUCCUCCCCACCCGCCUGCUUCCUCGCUCUGCUGGCUGCCGCUGACUCCAAGACAGAGAUCAAGGAGGCCGCCCAUCGCUUCCUCUUUCCUGAAGCUGACUCACGCAGCAAGAAGCCCUCCCCCUCCGCCUCCUCUCCCUCACCCCUCUCCACUCCCUCCGCGGCUUUCACCACAACCUCCUCCUCCUCUGCCGCUUCCUCCCCUCCUCCCCCGCUCUCAUCCCUCCUGGCGUUCAUCUGCAAGCAGAAGCCCAAGGCAGCAGCGCCCGUGCCCGUGGAAGGGGAGCAGUCGCUGCUGCUGCCCCCUGCCGCCUUCCUCUCUGCCAUUCGCUUCCUGCUGCUGUGCUGGCGCGAGGAGAGACGUGGGCGAGGAAAGGGGCAGGAGGGACAGGAGGGAGGGACGGGGGUUGGAGUAGCAGGGAUGGAGGGAGGAGGGGAGGGUGGGAGUGGUGGUGAAGCGGAGAAGGCCAAGGGGAAAGAAAAGGAGAUAGCAGAGGAGAAAGCAGAAGGGGGAUUGGAGGGCGGAGCGGAGGUGGGGAGUGUGGAGGAGCGGCUGUGCGUGUUUGUGGAGCACGGGUUCGCACGGGACGGCACGUGGGAGGUGCAUGCUGAGGCCGGCAGGGCGCUGCUGGAGAUAGUGGCCGCUCAGCCACAGCUCUCUCUGCGCUUCGCCUCCCGCCUGCCCUGGCUGCACCGCUUUCUCACCCACAGCGACCCCUCGGUGCGAGCGGCCUUCGCCAAGCUGCUGGGCGUCGUGGCCAAGGGGCUGCCUGCAGAGGACGCACACGCGCUGCUGCAGAAGCUGCAGGAAGGGCUGGCCCACGAUGGGGGGAAGGGGGGGAUCAAGGAGGAGGAGGUGCAGGGGCUGAUAGCAGCGCUGGGCUAUGUCACUGCCACAGCUGCAGAUGCCACUGGGCGAGCAUCAUCUGUGGACCUCCUCCUCUCGCGCCUGCUCUCCCCCUCCUCCUCCCCCUCCACCCUCGCCCUCACCGCUCAAGCCCUGGGCCUCAUAGGCCUCACCGGGCCCCUGCCCCUCCCCUCCUCCUCUACUUCCUCCUCCCAUGGGGAUGAAACUGUUAAGAGCAACACGAUUGGGACGGACGGGGGUGGUGAGGGAGGAGGGAAGGCAGGAGAGGCCGGGAGCGGGGUGGAAGGGGGGAAGGAUAAGGAUGGGGGGAGCGAGAAGGGGGGGAGUGGGGAGGAGGAGGGGCGGAAGAAGAGGAAGAGGGGGGAUGUGGUGGAGCAGCUGGCCUCGUUAUUGUCACACAGGGACGACAAGGUGGUGCAGAGUGCAGCAGCGGCCCUGGGCAUGAUGAGCUACGGGGACCCCCAGGGCGUGGCAGACGCGGCUCUCACUGCGCUGCUCACCCUCGCACGAUGCAAGAACGAGGCGACCCUACUGGCAGCAGGCGAAGCGCUGGCAUUUGUGUGGGGCCCGGUGGACUCGCCGCCCUUCCGCCCUGCGUUGCUGCUGGCCGGUCCGCACUCCUCCCUCGCCCCCAUAUUCAACGACGCUGACGACGCCGCUGCCGCCGCGCUGGAGGACAAAGCACGCCGCCCCAAGCAGGAGGCUGGGGAAGGGGGUGGUGGGGGGAAGCAAGGGGGAGAGGGUAAGGGGGAUGUGCAGAUGGCAGAUGCGAGUAGAGAGGGAGGAGAGGCCAUAGCAGUAGAAACGGAAGGGAAGGUGGGAGCUGAUGUGGUGAUGGGAGAGGGACAAGAAAGCAACGCAGGAGAGGAGAGGGUGUGGGGAGGAGAGGCGGCGGAGGUGCGGUGGGAGUGGGUGCGGAGGGUGCUGGUGGACGAGCUACUGGUGAGCAGCCGCAGCGAGGAGCGGUGCGCUGCGGCCGUGUGGCUCAUGUCCCUGCUCUCCUUCUGCGGCCACCACGCCUCCCUGCAACGCCUGCUGCCGCAGCUGCAGGAAGCCUUCAGUUCCGCGCUGGGCGACUCGAAUGAGCUGACACAGGAGAUGGCGUCGCGGGCCAUGUCGCGCAUCUACACGCUGGGGGACGCCGCCACCAAAGAGCUGCUCGUUGCCGCGCUCGUGGCCAACCUCACUGGCGCUGGGGGCAAGAAGCGGAGCGGCAAGCUCCUGGGCGACACUGAAGUGUUCACGGAGGACUCAGUGGCGCGCAACACAUCCUCCUCAUCCAUGCGUGCGGGUGCGGCGGGCAGCAGCAGCAGCGCCGCGAGCGCGGCAGCGGGGCGCACGCAGAGCAGCGUGGGCGUGAGCACGUACCGCGAGCUGUGCAGCGUGGCCACGGACAUGGGGCAGCCCGACCUCAUCUACCGCCUCAUGGACAUCGCCAACCACCACGCGGCGCUCAACUCCAACCGCGGAGCCGCUUUCAGCUUCGCAGCAGUCGCAGCAGAGGCAGGUGCGGCCCUGGAGCCGCACUUACCUGCCCUCCUCCCGCGCCUGCUGCGCAUGAUGUACGACCCCAACCGGCCCCUGGCCGAGGCCGCGGGGCACAUCUGGCGCGCGCUGGUGCGCGAGCCCAAGGCGACAGUGGACAAGCACUUCGACGGGAUAGUGGAGGAUCUGCUUGGGAACGUGACGGGCCGGCUGUGGCGGAACAGGGAGGCCGCUUGCCUGGCGCUCGCUGACCUGCUGCCGUCAAGACGGUUUGCCGAGGUGUCCAAGCAUCUGCAGCAGGUGUGGGUGGUGUCGUUCCGAGCGUGCGACGACAUCAAGGACAGCGUGCGCACAGCGGGGGAGAAGCUGUGCCGCGCCGCCACGUCACUCACCGUGCGCCUGUGCGACCCCACGCUCACUCCACGCGCCGAUGCCCGUGCUGCCUGCGGUAUCGUGCUGCCCGUGCUGCUGGCCCAGGGCAUGACCUCGUCUGUGGCCUCUGUGCGCCACCUCGCUCUCUCCACCACUGCCAAGCUCGCCAAGAACGCGGGUCCAUCGGUGCGGCCGCACUUGGCAGCGCUGGUGCCUGCCAUGCUGGAGGCACUCUCAGGGCUCGAGGACCAGAACCUCAACUACGCUGAGCAACACGCGGAGAGGGUGGGCAUCAGCAGUGAGAAGCUGGAGGCAGUGCGGCUGGCCAUGUCCCGAGACACGCCCAUGUGGCACACGCUUGACGCAUGCCUGCAACAGGUGGAUGAGUCCUGUCUGCCCGACCUUCUCCCUGUGCUCAAGUCCCUUACUCGCUCCUCUGUGGGGCUCAACACCAGAGUGGGCGUGGCUCGAUUCAUCUCGCUCCUCAUCCCCCGCAUCGGCCCCUCCGCCAUGCGUCCGCACGCCCCAGCCUUCCUCAAAACCCUCUCCCUCGCGCUCUUUUCCGAACGCACCUCAGCGGGCCGCAGGGCGUUCGCAGCAGCAGCAGCGGACAUGGCAAAGUGUGCGGGGGGCCCCGCAGUGGAGAGAGUGGUGGGGGAGACGUGUGCGCGGUAUCUGGGGGAGGAGGCGGCGGGGCAGAAGGAUGUGCGGCUGUGCUGCGCGCUGCUGCUGCGGGACGUAGGCAAGGCAUGUCCCGAUGACAUGCCGCCGUGCCACCAUGUGCUGCUGCCAACUCUGCUGCUAGGACGCUACGACGAGGACGAGGCAGUGAGGGCGGUGUGGGAAGAGGCGUGGGACGAUGUGGGGGUGGCGGCGUCAGCAGCAGUGCGGGAGCAUGCAGGGGACAUUGCCGCCACGCUCACCGCUGCUGCCACAGCCUCCUCAUGGACCCGCCGCUGCCAGGCAGCAGCAGCCAUGGAGGCAGUGGUGAAGGCCAUGGGAGCGGACACCCCUCACACGGUCUUGGCUCAGUUCCUCUCCACGCUGCUACCGCAGCUGCCAGGCCGCUUGUGGGAGGGAAAGGAGCAGCUGCUUCCAGCCAUUGCUGCCAUCUGCACUGCAUGCCCCUCCGCUCUGCUCUCGCUCUCACUCGCCUCACAACCUUCACAAGCAGCAGCAGCAGCAGGCACAGGGGGAGCGGCAGCAGAGGUGGUGGCAGCAGUGCUAGCAGCGUGCGGUCGGAACAAGGCGGCAUUCAGGCUCGCAGCACUGCAGAGCCUGCACAAGAUCCUGCAGGCCUUCUCACCCUCGCCUCCCCCAAAGCAGCCGCUGCUGAAGCCGUCCGCACCACAACGAGCAGCAGGUCCAACGUUGGAUGUGCUACCUCUGGUGGCACCGGGAUUGAUUGCUCUCUUCCCCUCCCCCUCUCCCUCCACUGCACCCGCUCAUGCUCCAAAGGCUGCGUCCAUUGCAGAGCCAGCAGCAGCAGAAGCACGGGCAACAACAGCGGAGCAGCAGGAGGCGCUGCUAGCAUGCGUCACAGCAGCUCUCCUCUCCGCAACACCCACCUCCCUGCCGCCGCACACAGCACCGGUGCAGUCAGCCCUUUGCGCCCUGCUCUCCUCCAACCCCGUCUGGACAGUCAAGCUGGCAGCACUCAACACGAGUGCUACCUUCCUUUCGUCCCUUCUCAAGUUACCGUCCAAUUCUGACGUGCACCAAACAGUCGCCCCCUUCCUCCCCAUCUUCAUCGACGCCCUAACCGACACCAAGCGCUCACAGACCCGGCAAGCGGCAGUAGGGGCAAUUCAAGCAGCCACGGAGUGUCUGCAGCACCACAGCGCCCUUGAGCCCGCGGACCGGGAUUUCCUCGUCGCUGCUCUGCGAGAUGCAGUGAAGGUGGAGAAGAGCGAGGCUGUCAAGUCGGCUGCAGAGAAAUGCCUGGAGCUGCUGGGGGGUAUGGUGGAAUGAGAGCGCAGGGGAAGAGGAGGGAGAGGGGGACGGAAAGAGGGAGCUGGGGAGAAGGGGAGGGUGGAUUCUGGUGCUUUGUUGGAAACAUGAAUGACAGUGUGUUUGUCUCAGAGUAAUGAAUUUACCAGUAGUAGGAUAGAAGGUACAGGGUAGUUUUGUGCUAGUGUUUUACUCUCUAACAGCAUUCGCCUACCUAGCCUAUAAUAACAUACAGUAAAAGCCCGGAUAUAAGACCCCCAUGGAAUAGAAGAUACUACCAGGGUCAUCGUGUUG